AUGGCGUCACUUCGCAACCACCCGCGACUCCGCAUUCCCAAAUCCCUCUUCUCCACCUCCGCUCAACCAUCUCCUCCGCCGACGCCGCCGCCAUUCCCUUCCUUCCGCGCCGUGAAGUCCGCCAUACUCGCCGAGUCGAACCCCGACAAGCUCGCCGAGCUGUUCGAGCGGUCCUCUCACUUCCCGACCUUCCGUCGCCACCGGCCUCUCUACCACCUCUCCUUCCAGAAGCUCGCCAAGGCGCGCCGGUUCGACCUGGUCGACCGCCUCGUCCUCCACCAGAUCGGCCAGAGCGGCGAUUCUCAGAGCUCGCUCAAGUCCGAGGGCUUCUGGAUUCGCCUCAUGAUGAUCUACUCGAGCGCUGGGAUGGUCGACGAAGCCAUGCGGACCUUCGACCGCGCCCGCGAAGGGAAGUGCUGCGAUAUCACCGAGAAAUCUCUCUGCGCCGUUCUCAGCGUCCAUCUGAACAACGGAUUGCUUGAUAAAGUUCACGGGUUGUUCGAGCAGUUGCCGCGCGAGCUCAGGGUGACGCCGACCGCCGUCGCGCACAAUCUGGUCCUGAAGGCGUUUGUCAAGGACAGCAACACCGACGCGGCUCGCGCCUGGAUCGCGGAAAUGGAGGAGAGGUACCAGGUGAAUCCCAACAUCGAUUCGUAUAACAUUUUGCUUGGUGCUUGCUUGAAGAGUGGGGACUUGAGUGCUUUCGACGGCGUAGUCAAGGAGAUUCUAGGGAAGGGCUUGGAGUGCAAUGUGACUGCUUAUAAUCUUAGGAUUGCGAGGCUGUGUAAGAGCAAGGAAUGCGCGAGGGCGAACAAGCUGUUGGCCGAGAUGGUUGCCAGAGGCGUGAAGCCGAACUCGGCUAGCUACGAUGCGGUCAUCGACGGGUUCGCCAGGCUGGGGGAUUUCGAAUCUGCUAGGAAGGUCUUGGAUAGCAUGGUCAAGGACGGGCGCGUCGCGCCUUGCUCGUUCACGUACUAUACCCUGCUUCGGAGCAUGGUGAGGGAGGGCGAGUUCGAAUCCGGGCUCGAGAUGUGCAGGGAGAUCAUCAAGAGGAGGUGGGUGCCUCCGUUCGAGGCGAUGCAGGGCCUCGUCGACGGGUUGCUGAAGAUGUCGAAAGGCGAGGAAGCUAAAGACAUUGUGGAGAAGAUGAAGGGGAGGCUUAAAGGGAACUCCUUGGAGUCCUGGGGAAAGAUUGAAGCUGCUCUUCCUCUGUGA